AUGAUGACCUCUCAUUCAUCACCAUCAUCAUCGACAAUGGAAAAUAAUAAUAUCGAUGAAAAUAAUAAUAAUGAUAAUAAUGGUGAUUCAAUGAAAGAAACAAUUAAUAGUAGUAGUAGUGAACCAUCACCAAAUACAAUUCAAUCAUUAAUGAUGUAUGGUAAUAAUGGUGGUGAAUCAUUAUUUGUUUCACAACCAUCACCAUCAUCAUCAUCGUCAUUAACUGAUUCAUUAAUGGCACAAUUUGAAGAAAAUAGUCGAUUAACGAAUUUAAAACGUAUGGGUUAUGUAUCAAGUAUUGCACAUACAAAUCAUUAUGUUACCAUCAACAAUGAUGAUGAUGAAAAUAUGGAUUAUGGUAGACGACGAUAUAAACGUGCUCAUUAA